AUGAGGGGCUUAAAUGACCCUCAUAAACAGGCUGAGGUUGGAGGUGCUCCAGUUAGUCCUAGUCAAACUUCUGAUUUUCAAGAUUGUAUUCAUGAAGCUUGUUUGCUUGAUUUGCCUUUCUCUGGUUGCUUUAUUACUUGGUGGAAUCAACAACAAGGGAGUUGUAGGAUUGGUUCAAAACUUGAUAGAGUUAUGGUCAAUUUGGAGUGGUUGCAUCAUUUUGAGAGUUCAAAGGCUGAUUUCCUAACUCAAGGUAUUUCUGAUCAUUCCCCAGCUAUAGCCUCUAUUUUUAAAAAACUUCUUCAUGGCCCUCCACCCUUUAGGUUUUAUAAUUUUGUCACUGAAGACCCUGAUUUCAUGGAGAUUGUUAGAGAAGCCUGGCAGCAUAAGGUGGUGGGUAAUCCUAUGUUUGUCCUUGUGUCCAAGAUGAAAAGAGUUAAGCAUAUUCUGAUAAAAUGGAAAAAAGAAAAGUUCCAACAUCUAUCUGUUAAAACUCUAGAAGCCAAAAAGGAGAUGCAGUGUGCUCAAGAAAAUGUUCAAAAAGCUACUUUCUGUCAUGUUUUUGCUAAAAUUGAGAGAGAAGCUGUCUCUAAAUAUUCUACUCUUGCUAAAUAUGAAGAAUCUAUGCUGAAGCAGAAGUCAAUGGUGCAAUGGCUUGACCUUAGUGACUCAAAUACCUCUUUCUUUCACAACUCUCUUAAGGAAAGAAAAUCCAGAAAUAAUAUCUUAACCCUUACUUCUAAUUCUGGUGAGAAGCUGGAUGAAGAUAUUCCUAUAGCUAAGGAGUAUACUGCCAAUGAGUUGGUUAGAGAUGUUAUUAGAGGUGAAAUUGUUUUUGCUCUUUCUACCAUUGGUUCUAUCAAAGCUCCCGGCCCAUAUAGGUUUUCUAGCUACUUUUUCAAAGCUUGUUGGUCAAUUUUUGGUGAUGAUUUUGUUGCUGCUAUCAAGAACUUCUUCUCCAAAUCUAAAUUGCUAAAGGAGGUAAAUAGUAUUUUUCUCACUUUAGUUUCCAAAUAUGCAAAUCCUUCAGUUGUGACAGAUUUCAGACACAUUGCUUGCUGCAAUGUUAUCUACAAGUGCAUCACUAAGAUCCUUUAUUUGAGGAUGAAGAAGAUUAUGAAAGUUUUGAUCAGUUCAAACCAAUCUGCUUUUGUUUCUGAGAGAGCUAUUCAAGAUAAUAUCUUGGUCUCUCAUGAACUUGUUAGGAACUGCCAUAGAUCCAAUGGAACUCCUAGAUGUGUUGUUAAGAUAGAUCUCAAGAAGGCUUAUGACAUUGUUAACUGGAUUGUUGUCAUUCUUGACCUCAGAAAAAUGGUUUCCCUGAGAGGUUCAUUCAAUGGAUUUAUCUUUGUCUUUCUACUCCAAAGUACUCUAUCCUUAUUAAUGGAUCUCCAUAUGGAUUUUUUGGUGCUGGUAGAGGCCUCAGACAAGGCAGUCCUCUCUCUCCCUACUUGUAAUCUUGCUUCUUUCAUGGUCCUUAAAUCUUGUCUUGAUAAUUUCAGUAGUUGUUCAGGGAUGGAGAUAAACAAGCAGAAGUCUUCUAUCUACUCCUCAGCUAUUGAUCCUCAUACUCUUGAUCAAAUGGUUGCUUGUUUGGAUUGUUCUAUGGAUACCCUCCCUGUCAAAUAUUUGGUUUCUGAGUAUAUUGAUAAUGCCUCUUGGCACCUUCCUUCUGCUUAUACUGAUCUAGCUCAGCAAGUGGUUUCUGAAAUUGCUACUGCGGAAUUUAACCCUGCAGAGGCUGAUGUUGUUAUAUGGAGACCUAACUCUCAUGAAGUUUUCUCUAUCAAAGAUACCUACAAGACUAUUUCCACCCACAAUGAUCCAGUGAAUUGGCAUUCUUUGGUUUGGUUCAAGAACUACAUUCCCAGGAAAUCUUUCAUCACUUGGGUAGCUUUCCAUGGUAGGCUCAAGACUAGAGCAAAAUUAAAACAAUGGGGUCUUAUUGAAAACCCUUCUUGUGUACUGUGUGAUGGAGGUGAUGAAACUGAAGAACAUUUAUUCCAUGACUGCAUGUUUGCUUCUAUUAUUUGGAAAGGCCUACUUCUUAAGUUAGGUUAUGACAGAGUUGCCUGCUCCACUUGGAAAGAUGAGCUUACUUGGUGUAUUGAACAUUUCGCUGGAUCGAAUUUAAUUAUCACUAUUAAGAAACUAGUUUUCACUGGGUUUUUUUACGAACUGUGGAGGGAAAGGAAUAACAUGAUCUUCUCUGGAAAAAAGUGCACUACUCUGCAGGUUAGCCUUAUGAUUGUUCAGGAUAUUCAGUUGAAGCUGAGUGCCCACCCCCGAGAUUUAAAUGACAACUCAUCUCAUAGAAGAUUUAUGCAUAACUGGAAUAUAAAUUGUUGUUUUACUGCUAAGGUUGCUCUCCCUUGUACCUGGAUUAGACCUGAGGGUGAUGUUAUCAUGGUGAAUACAGAUGGCUCAAAAACUGAUUUAUCUGGAGGGAGUGGUGUUAUUCUCAGAGAUAAAAAUGGGGAUGUUAUUGGUUGUCAAAUUGGUGGCAGUAGUCCUAUUUCUGUUCCUGCUCAUGAGCUUCAGGGGGUUGAACUGGGGCUUAUGCUUGCUGCUUUUCACAACUGCCAGGAUAUCCAUGGGUGCCUUGAUUCCAUGACUAUCUACAUGCUCCUAAAAAGUGAAAAUCCAAAGCCACCUUGGAAUAUGAUGCAUAUUUGGAGAAGAGUCCAAGAUUUACUUAGGAAAUUUAAAACUGUCAAGUUUGAUCACUGUUUCAGGGAAACAAACCGUGCAGCUGAUUUUCUUGCUAGUAAACAUCCUAAUCAAAGGUUUGUCAGAUAG